CUUUGAUCUUUGGGGCUGAGAGAGUUCGGGAUGAGGUGGGAUGCCCCCUAUAAAUUCAGACAGGCUGCUUGGAGGAGGCAGUUGUUGCUCUCCGACCACCACGACUGACCAGAAAAAAUAUCCUGAGAGACCCCUCACCUGCACUCGGGGCAAAAGCUUCACUUCUGGCUUUGCCAUUUAAAACAACGGAUAUACUCUUUAAUUUUGGUUUGAAGAAGACAAAAAAAAAAAAAAUCUUCAGCAUUCUGCAACCAUGAGAGGACAUUUUUCUAUCGAGUGGAUGGCCCAGAGCAGCCAGCCAGCAGGACCGGAGCCCGUCUCAGCCUCCAGAACUACAGCAUGUGGGACACAUUCAGAGAGUCUGCCAGGUUUUUACUGCAGACAAAAGUCAGAAAAUGUACCUGAGCAACAGGAGGACAGCAGGAGUCGGGGCCUGGAUGCAUACAGCCUGAAUGCACCCCAGCACCAAACCUCUCACACUAAUCAAGUGACAGAGGCCAGUUUCAGCAGCGGCACGGAGGAGGAGACGUCCGGGUACGAGAGUGAAGGGGGUCACUCCCUCUCCCCCUCGGCCCCCCCUGACUACACAUCGCCGCCGCCGCCCCCGUCGGGCAGGAGUCCUCGCACGGCCUUCACAGCAGAGCAGAUCAGCAGCCUGGAGAGAGCCUUCAAGAGGAAUGCAUACCUGGGAACUCAGGACAAGGCCGAGCUCUGCAAGAAGCUCAACCUGUCUGACAAACAGAUCAGAAACUGGUUUCAGAACAGGCGGAUGAAGCUGAAGAGGACUGUGCAGGAUGCCCUGGCUCACGCCUGCCAGGCGAACAUCGCCUCUCAGUUCAUGCAUUACCCUGAGCUGCAAGCCUACAGGCCAGGACCCUACCCCAGAUACCACUCAUCAGCGGCAGCGCAGGAUGCCCCAGCUGCCACCUCCUAUGUCCAUCCACACAGCCUGCACUACAGCUCCCGUCUACCCAGUGUCCCCACGUUGCCCCUGGACUCCUACCAGUACAGUAACCUCCCAGGGGUCAUGCUGCCCUCUGCCACGACUCAAAUCAUGGGCUCCUACCCGACUUAUCCUCAGUACUACUAACACUGUCUGUCUGGUGACGAUCACCCUGUGCAGCUGCUCUACUGUGAUAUUUUGUCAAACAAAAUAUGAUUGUAUUGGUUUUAAUAUUUGAACAAAACAUUUUCUCAUGUUAUCCUAAUAGGAUCAAUACUAUUAGAAAUAAAUGGUUAAUAAGAAAAGUGGCACAAACACUGCUGUAAGUCUUGAUCAUGAAUCAAACAGGGUAGUGUGCAAUAUUGUGAUUUAUAUGUGUGCCUCUGCUUGUAACUGAUGUAUAGUUUGCAUUAUAUAUUUAAUUUUUAAUCUAGUGUUCUAUUUGAUUUUUGUCCCUAUGUCACUGUUAAAUCCCUCUGCUAAAAUAAAAUACUUAUUAAAUCUUAA